AUGGGCUCUACACCACACACAAUGCCCGGCUCUACACGCUCACUCUCAUCUGCAACGACAGAGCACAGUCCUGAUAGAAAUAUCAGGUCUAUAUUGAGUCCAAGUGGCAUGCCUGUCGAUAACACGCUCCGGGUAACAUUUGAUAUUGAAGGCCCGCGUGAUCCGACAUCAAAAACAAGUGCAGCCAGCAUUCUUACCCGCACAGCACAAUACCUGCUCAUGGAGCUAGACCCCAAACACGCGGACAUCGUUUUAAUCAUCUGUGGAUUCGUCAGCGGCCUAGUUGAUGGUUUAUCUUUCAACGCAUGGGGUAGUUUCUCCAGUAUGCAAACAGGAAAUACAGUCUUCCUCGCGCUCGGCGUAUCCGGUCAGCCCAGAUACCCUGCCUACCUCUGGGCAAAAUCCCUCAUCGCCAUCGUCGUCUUCCUACUAAGCAACAUUUUCUUCAUCCAUAUAUUUCGCGCUUUAAAUCCCGUCCGUCGAUCAUCUCUGAUACUCUCCUUCGGACUGCAAACAGCCGCGCUUAUCGUUGCCGCGGCCGUAGUCCAGGCAGGAAUCGUCGAUCCCAGACCAGAGAACCCACGAGCCCCGAUCGCAUGGAUCCAAAUUUUUCCCAUAACACUGCUAGCAUUCCAAGCAGCGGGACAGAUAUGCGCAUCGCGUCUUUUGGCGUUCGACGAGAUCCCAACCCUUGUUGUUACUACUCUCCUGUGUGACUUACUGGCGGAUACAAAGUUAUAUACACGGCCUUGGUCUGGGAAUCUCAAACGGAAUAGGAGAAUUGCGUCGUUUCUGGCUUUGUUUUUAGGUGCAAUGACUUCUGGGGGACUCUCACGGACCACAGAUAUGGCGAGUAGCUUGUGGUUUGCUGUUGCUUUGAAGGGGGCUAUUACGAUCUCGUGGUUUUUCUGGCGAGAUCAACGGGGUAAUAUUCUACCAAAGCAUGACUCACUGGCAGCUGAGAGCUCG